CCAGAAAUAGCUGCCCAACCCUUGUCUUCCUCUCGAACCCUAAUCAAGCCGGGCUCAUCUCAAAAGAAAAAAAAAAUUCCCAGAAAUUGCAUCUCUCCGUCACCUUCAGAUUCUCCCUCGACGAUACUCAAACCCUUCUCCUCCGUCUGAUUCCACCUGAUCCUUCCCCGGAACCGAAGUCCUUUAACCGUAAUUUAAUCAACUUCAUUACCUAACCGAUUCUCUCCGUAACCAACCGACCAACCAACCCGGUCACAACCUACAAACCAAACAGGGAGAAUAAUGGAUUCAGAUUUGGAGCCAGUAGCUCUCACACCACAGAAACAAGACAGUGCAUGGAAACACUGCGAGGUCUACAAAUACGGAGACCGAGUCCAGAUGAGAUGUCUCUACUGCAAGAAGAUGUUCAAAGGAGGCGGCAUCACCCGCGUCAAAGAGCAUCUCGCCGGCAAGAAAGGCCAAGGCACAAUCUGCGACCAAGUCCCCGAAGACGUCCGUCUCUACCUCCAGCAGUGCAUCGACGGGACCGUGAGGCGCCAGAGGAAGAGGCGCAGGUCUAGCGCCGAGCCUCUCCCUAUAGCUUACUUCCCUCCCGAGACUACUACUCAGGUGGGCGUCGAAGGCUCUGACGUGAACAACAACGGGGAUGUGGUUGCUGCUGCAGCUGGUGGUGGUGGACAGAGCUCGGGGAGGACGAAGCAGAGGACUUACAGGAGUAGGAAGAACGCUGCUGCGUUUGAGGAUUUGAUCGGUGGAGAUAUGGAUAAUCUCAUCCCUGUGGCUAUUAGCAGCGUUAAGAGCAUUGCGCAACGUGAGAAGACGGAUGUUCACAUGGCGAUUGGGAGGUUCUUGUUUGAUAUAGGAGCUGAGUUCGAUGCUGUUAGCUCUGUUAAUUUCCAGCCGUUGGUCGACGCGAUUGUUUCUGGUGGUUUUGGUGUUUCUUUACCUGCUAACGAAGACCUCAAAGGUUGGAUUUUGAAGAGCUGUGUAGAGGAAAUGAAGAAAGAUAUCGAUGAGUGCAGAACAAUGUGGAAGAAGACAGGAUGUUCUGUUUUGGUACAUGAAUCGAGUUCAGACAAAGGACGUAAAGUGCUUAACUUCUUGGUUCACUGUCCGGAGAAAGUAGUGUUCCUGAGAUCCGUCGACGCAUCUGAUUAUGAUGAUGAUAAGCUGUGUGAGCUUCUUAAGGAGGUGGUUGAAGAGAUAGGAGACACCAACGUUGUCCAAGUCAUCACCAAAUGCGAAGAUCAUUACCUCUCUGCAGGGAAGAAGCUGAUGGAGGCCUAUCCUUCUCUCUACUGGGUCCCAUGCGCCGCACACUGCGUGGACAAGAUGCUCGAGGAGUUCGGGGAGGUUGACUGGAUAAGAGAGAUCAUCGAGCAAGCGAGAACCGUCACUAGGAUCAUCUACAACCACAUCGGCGUCUUGAAUCUCAUGAGGAAGUUCACUUACGGCAACGACAUUCUCCAGCCAGCUUUCACCGCUCACUCCACUAACUUCGCAACGAUGUCCCGUAUCGCUGAGCUGAAGCCUCACUUGCAGGCUAUGGUGACUUCAUCCGAGUGGAACGAGUGUUCUUACUCGAAAGAAGCAGGCGGGUUAGCCAUGACAGAGACUAUCAACGACGAGGGUUUCUGGAAGGCGUUGACGCUGGCGAACAAUAUAACUCUCCCUCUUCUGCGAGUUUUGAGGAUUGUUUGUUCUGCAAGGAGGCCUGGGAUGGGGUAUGUCUAUGCGGCGGUGUACAGAGCAAAGGAAGCGAUCAAGACGCAUCUGGUUCACAGAGAGGAUUACUUGAUCUUCUGGAAGAUUAUAGAUAAGUGGUGGCAGCAGCAGCAGCAGCGUCUUCCUUUGCACGCUGCUGGUUUCUAUCUUAACCCCAAGUUCUUUUAUAACAUUGGGGAAGAGAUGCGUAGCGAGAUACACUUGGCUGUUGUUGAUUGCAUUGAGAAGCUGGUCCCUGAAGACACCAUUCAAGAAAUAGUCGCCAAGGACAUAAACUCUUACAAGAAUGCUGUUGGGAUCUUCGGAAGGAACUUAGCAAUCAGAGCUCGAGACACUAUGCUUCCUGCUGAAUGGUGGUCUACAUAUGGAGAAAGCUGCUUGAACCUGUCAAGAUUUGCUAUACGUCUUCUGAGUCAGACGUGCAGCUCAUUGGUUGGCUCCGGGAGGAUCCUGACACCAGUGGAGAAAGUAUAUGAAGCCAAGAACUCUAUUGAGAGACAGCGUCUCAGCGAUCUUCUGUUUGUUCAGUACAACAUGCGUCUCAGAAGACUGGGGGUUGAAAGCGGAGAUGAGAAUGUAGACCCGUUAUCACAGAGCAACAUGGAGCUUCUUGAAGACUGGGUUUCAAGAAACCAAGUUUGUAUAGAAGGAGAUGGAAGCUCAGACUGGAAGUCGCUUGAGUCCUUUAAGAGGACAGAAGUAGCAGCGGUUAACAUCGAUGAAACAGAAGACUUGGGGACAGGUUUUGAUGAUGGAGAGAUAUUCAAGGGAGAAAAGGAAGUGAGUGAUGAAGGUUAUUUCACAAACAUAUCGGAGAAGCUGUUCACGUGAACUCACUGAGAAGAAUCUCUUUUUAUGUAAUCAUAGGGUCUGUUUUGAUUCGGAGAAACAUUUGUGAUUUGAUUUUCUCUAGGGCUUGGGGUUUGUAUUCUAUAUAGUUUUUUUUACCGUUUACUAAUUUAUGAUGUGUCCCAUAAAAACUAUUAGUUACUGAGCAUGCAUUUCUUCUCUA